AUGAAGAUUGCGAAACAAGGCAUCGAGGCCGAGGAGCAUAUAGCCAAGCUAGCAGCAUAUGUCAAGAAGCCCAAGCAAAAGAACAAGGUCACAUUUGGGGAGUCCGCUGUUCCCACGGAUAUCUCUCCCCAGGAGAUGCAAGCACUAGAGAAAGCUUUGGACGACGUUUCGGACGUCCUGGAGAAGCAACGCCGCCCACGCUCUCAUAUCGUCGCCGUGGGCAAGUUCAAAGUAGCCCCAUUGGAUAUUAGAGAUAUCCUAUCCAAGAUUGAGAUACCCAUGAACGUGCGACAAAUCCUCGACGCUGCAUCUCGCCUGCGGGCCCAUCUCAACAAGUACAUUGCAUCCGAAACCCACGGCAAUUGUGGGAAGACCAGGAAACCGGCAUUGGUCGACCACGUUCAAUGGGAAGAAGAUCAAGUCAAUGUCGAUAGCGAUUCAGAAUCGGGCAAAGCAAUCUCGUGUGGCGAAGACGGACGCCCCAGUCUUUGUAUGCGGCACCUGGACACCGCUAUACCCAAGCACAAAUCAGAGACGGGUGUUCCCGACUUCAAGGACAUCGCAUUGGGUAUAAACGAUGUUGGCCGCAUCUCGGUGGGAUAUGUCACGGGCACGGUUAACGGGAUGGAGACCAAGAGCAUCAUGUUGAAUGGAAGAGCCAUCAUCGAGUGCAUCAGCUCCAUUUUUGUCAAACGUCUGGGUCUUGUCCCGGAGCGACUUCUCACGCCAUGGAAAGUAUCCCUGGCCAACGACCAGAGAGAUACGAUCACGGAUUUUGUCGUGAUCGACGUUGUCUUGGGAGGAAUUCUCACCGUCAUCUCGGCAUUUGUAUACGGCCAGGGAGACGCAUUCGACCUAAUCCUAUCCCAGGCCUAG